CAUAACAGCUCCCCCUUUGUAUUCCUAACCCAACUCCUUCCCCAUAAUAAACACCCAGUUGUUGUUUGUUUGUCUCUUUCGUUACUACGAACUCCAUUUAUUUUCUCCCAUUGUGUUCCCAGAGACCAGUCUCACUCUAGAGAACCUAUCAAAAGUUCUAGACAUAAUAAGCGAUCAACUCUGGAAGACAUUUGGUGAAGUAUAUAAACAUACCAAAAUCUGAGUUGAAGAGGAUCGAAAAAGAGGGUACCAGUGACAAAGAGUGCAAACUGGCCCUAAGUCACUCCUUCAUCUCCUCGCAUCCAGCGCCGUCCUGGACUCUGGUGGCAUGGGCUCUUUACGUGACUGAGAGGAUCGUCGAUGAUGGCAGUUGUCUGAGAGCAUUAGAUCUUCUGCAGCAGCUCUUCCCCACUGGUACAGUGCUGAUCUGUUGGCAUUUCUUUCAUUAUCCAGCAGGACAGCAUACAUACACUGUACAGUAUUGUAAGUCAUGGAACUCCUCCCCUUCUUCUCAGUCAUCAACCUCUUCUUCUACUGAACAACAUUGCUCUACACCUAUGGAGUCUUCUUCACCUCCAUCAUCUCCCGACCUCCCUUCUCUUCCUACUGAGACCUCAUCUCUCAACCCACUUCCCACUCCCACCACCAAACCAUCCCCUGCUGAUCUACCUUGCACUAGGACAUCUUCCCAGCCUUCCAUAUCCAUAGACCAACCUUCCUCUGGGUCCUGUCCCCUACCUCGAACUUUUCCCUCCUCCUCUCCAUCUGCAAUUCCACCCCCCAAACAUAGUGGUCCAAAACUGGAUGAUGUUAUCAGUCGCAAGUCCCUGACAGUAAUUGCCAGGGAUCAUCUCAAUAACUGGAAGACACUUGGGCCAUUUCUGGACCUCACUCGACAGCAAGAAACUGCCAUUGCCUACAGCUCUCCUGACUUCGGCCUCCAGAAGCGCGAGUGUCUGGAGGUGUGGAAGGAGAAGAGGGGGAAGGAGGCCACGUACCGAGCCCUCAUCUCUGCGGCAGAGGAGGCAGGGGAUCAGCUGUUGGCAGACAACAUCAGAGAUAUGCUAGAGAAAUGACUUUUACCACCAUGUCUGUCUCUUUUAGUCUACCAACACUCAACCAUUCACUUUUAUAUUCACAAUUGCAAAAUAUCUUGUGGAUUGGCU